AUGGAGAAAAUAUCGGCCCGGGACGUCGACUCGGCGAUGCUGCUGAAGCCGCUGCUGAAGAAGCUGAAGACGAUGCUCCGCAAUUUUGAAUGGGCAAAUAGCCCCCACAACAUGCGCACAGCCGAAUCGUUCGAGGACCCGCCGCCGACGUUUGGGCUCACGCAAUCGGUAAAGCUGGAAGAUCCGAACGCCUGGGAGAAGUUCACCAAGGCCGAGCAGCAGCUGAUGAAGCAGAAGCUCAGCGAGAAGAAGAACGAUUACCUCAUCAUCAAGAAGAGCCCCGGCGGCGACAACAAGGCGGCCAAGUCACCCAAGUCGUCCAAAUCGAACAAGUCCAAUAGGUCCAACAAGUCGAACAGGUCCAACAAGUCGUCGAAGAAGAAGAAGGCUAAA